AUGAUGCAGGUCAAGCCUGUGGUUACCGAAGAAGAACAUCGCCAUCAAACGGAUGCACCCGUAAAGGAGUCGAUAACAUCAGCUGAAGAAAAACAAAUCGACCAUCCUGACCAAGAUCGCUCCAAUGGGGUCCAAGAACAACAUGACGACAAAGAGGCUGCUACCGUUAGCGAGGCAGGGACGCCUAUAGAGGACGACGGAGACAUGAAAGAGGAAACGAAGACCAGUCGCCGGAAUAGUAGGCAACAGAAGAGGAGGAGUGCUCACAGAGGCGGAGAACACCAUGAAAUUGAUGUGGAGAAGAAGUUCCUGGAGCAAAUGGCGACAAAGGGUAAUACAAGCGCGAGCGAUCGAGAGCAUGAAGCUGGUACUCCAGCUGCGACACGUUCGCAAGAUGUCACGCGUGCGGAACAUCCUAAGCCUACCAAAAAUGAAGAUCACGCGGACCCUCAGCCCAAGAAACCUAACGGCGAAAACGGCCCACCAUCUGAGGCCAUUGCAAAAACUGCGCACACGAAGCCUGUAGAUGAAAAAAGGCCGGAUCAGAGAACUAGAAACAAAGAGAAGGCGCGUCAGGAGGCUGAGGCGAAGAAGCUGGAACCUGAGGGCUCCAAUCAAGUGAUCUUUGGGGCGGGUGCAAAAACAGCAGGUGAUAAUACGGCAAGUAUGGCUACGGAAGCUGGUAGGGAAAAACCGAAGCAGCAUCGUGGAGGGCAGAAGGGGAAACACAGCAAGGAUAUCUAUCGUGAACAGCACGGCCUGCCGCCUUUCAAGAAAGAUGUUCCCGCUGACCCAUCUGGGAAUUUAAAAGGCACUGCAGGGACUCAAAUCGGCAUUGAGGACCAAAGUCGCGCUGUGAAUGGUGGUAAAAAUGACGGUAAUGGCGGUAGCAACGGGCUUGAUAGUGGAAUUGGCGGACAAAGUGUGGAUGUACCUCCCGCCAAGAAAGUAAGAGGUGGUGGACCUCGCAAACGAGAGGACUUUGAGACAUUUGAAGAGUUCGAGCAGUAUCAGCGAAAUAGAGCGGAGAAGAGUAAGGAGCAAGCAGCUCUGAGAGAGAGAGCUGAGGCGCGUAAACCGCAAGCAGCUCUUGAAGAGACUGGAAAGGCGGAUGAACGAUCGACAGACAGUACCCAACCAAUCGCUGGUCCAUCUCAGCCCAAGCCCAAGCAGGAACAGGGUACUCAAGCUGCUGCUUCAUCUGAUCUUCAAUCAGGAAGGAUACCGUCAGCUGGAGGUGAAGAAGAAGAGCACGGUGAACCUAAGGGAGACGAGCGAAAGGGAGACAAGCGAAAAGGAGACGAGCAAAGUAGUAAAAAAGCAUCCAGGAAAGGUAAAAAGCAGGCUAAAAAGAAGAAGGGGAGGUGA